CUGGCAGUUUCUGAUUCGUUUCUCCCACGUUGUCACAAGCAGCACAGACGCUCUCGCUUUACCGUCACGUCCCAUUUCUGACCGGGGUGGGCUCUCGGUUACCGAGCCCUGUCGAACCGGGGGGCCGUUUUGCUGUUGUUUUGAUUCGGGAUGGCGUUCAUGGAGCAGCAGCCGCAGCCGUUGUCCGGGAGGAAGCCGCCGCUGGACGACACCGUGCCGUUGAGCGCCGUGAUCGAAGCCAGCCAGAGUUUACAGUCGCACACGGAGUACAUCAUUCGAGUCCAAAGGGGCGUUUCCACAGACAAUAGCUGGACGGUCAUCCGCAGAUACAGUGACUUCGACAUGCUGAAUAACAGUUUACUGAUAUCAGGUCUAAACCUGCCACUUCCUCCAAAGAAGCUGUUAGGAAACAUGGACCGUGAGUUUAUAGCCGAGCGACAGAAGGGUCUUCAGGCCUACCUGAACUACAUCACACAACAUCACAUCCUGUGCAGCUGUGAGCUGGUCAAAAAGUUUCUCGACACUAAUAAUUAUUCAGCAAACUACACAGAAAUAGCUUUACAGCAGGUGUCCAUGUUCUUCAGAUCUGAUCCAAAAUGGGAAGUUAUUGAGCCGUUAAAAGACAUUGGCUGGCGUUUGCGAAAGAGGUACUUUUUAGUCAAAGACAAAGAUCAGCCCAAAGAAAAACAAGUAUUAAGUUGGGUUGAUUUGGGUCCAGAUAAAUUCCUGUCCGACAAAGAUCUCCAGUCUGCAAUGAAGCUGCUGCCAACUUUGUCUCAUUCAAACAUCUCUCCUGUCAGUUUCGCCACUACCAGUGAAUCCUCUGCACUUAUUAUCCGGGUUUUCAGCGAGAAAGGAACACUAAGGGAUCACAUUUGCAAGGUGAAGCCCAAAGAGCCCUUUCUGAGGAAGUACUGCAAUCCCAAGAAGAUCCAGGGUUUGGAGCUGCAGCAGAUCCGCACGUUUGGGAGACAGAUUCUGGAGGCAUUAAAAUUUCUCCACGACAAAGGUUUUCCAUAUGGGCAUCUUCACGCGUCCAAUGUCCUGAUCGAGGAAAACACGUGUAAACUGCUGGAUGUAGAGAACUCAUUACUGGGACUGCCGUCAUACUACAGGCCUUAUGUGACGCAGUUCAGGAAAAUUAAUACCACAGAAAGUAUAGACGUUUACUCGUUUGGACACUUGCUGUAUGAAAUGACGUAUGGCCGUCCGCCUGAUGCUGUUCCUGUAGAUCAGUGUCCUCCAGCUCCAUUCUCAUCCAUCGUCUCUGUUCUUCAGUCCAUUCUGUCCACUGAAGCUUGCAAAACAGGAAUGCCAACCGUUUCCCAACUGCUGCAAACACCGUUAUUCUAUGACGUUCUGCUGUUCAACUCUGAAAAACCCCAGUUUAAGAUCAGCUCUAAAUUAAAGGAGGCUCUGAAAUCCUCCAAAGAGGGUUUGGAGAAGCGUCUGGUGGAGGAGCAGAGGACGAUCCACCAGCAUAAGCGACUGACCCGAGCGCAGUCACACCAUGGCUCAGAGGAAGAAAAGAGGAAGAGGAAGAUCUUGGCCAGAAAGAAAUCAAGACAGUCAACUUAUGAAAUUGAGGAGGAUCUCUCUGUCAAAUAUAACAAUAACUCUGGUUCUGGAGCGAGUUCACCUCCAACCUGCCCGUCCUCUCCUACUCCUCUACCUGGAUCAGGAGCUCCUCUUCCUCCUCCUCCUCCUCCCCCUCCUCCGCCUCCACCACCCGGGAUCGACUCCGGCCCUCCGUCUCUCUCUCCUCCCAGUGCCAACGGUGUGGGCAGAGGUGCCCUCCUCAGCUCCAUACAGUCCUUCAGCAAAAACAAACUGAAAAAAGCAGAGACUGUUGACCGCAGCGGCCCACGUUUGUGAAGAAAAAACAACAUCAACAACGCUUGUCUUGUUUUAGUGCAAUUCGUCCACUCAAAGUCUUUUAGCAACUUGCGUCUAGCAGUGAAAAGUGACUGUUUGUAAUCGAACUUUGUUGCCAUUCAAUUCCAGCAGAGCCCUGCGUUUAUUCAGGGUUUUUUUUUGUUUGUCAAGCUACCCGAAGUAACCUAAGCAGUUCUGCUUGGACCAGCUGUUUUAUUAAAAAACGGACAAAUGCACUCAUUCGGAUGAAAAAUACGACCUCUACAUUUUAAAAGUACUGACUUACGAAGGCAGAAAUUGGUGGAGAAUGCAGGCAACACCUUUAUUUUUUGACGAUAAUUAACGUUACGUACACGAUUCUGCUUUGACCAGCUGUCGCAUUAAAAUUCAGCACCUGCGCACUCAUUUGAACAGAAAAAAAAUAGCAUUUCAUUUUUGAUUAUUGUUUUACGAAGGCAAAACAUGAAGGAGAAUGCGGACAACAUGUUUACGUUUUUGACGAUAAUAAGUGCAACCUAAAUGAUUCUGCUUAGACCUGCUAUCGCAUCUAAAUUAAGAACUUGCGCACUCAUUUAACCAAAAAAACUACCAUCUUCAAUUUCAAUUAUUGUUUUUACGACAGCAGAACAUGGAGGAGAAUGCAGACAACAUGUUUCCGUUUUAGACGAUAAUUAACAUAACGUUUUGUCUUACCAAGGCAGAAUAUGAAAAAAAAUGUGGGCAACACCUUUAUUUUUUGACGAUAAUUAACGUAACCUAAAUGAUUCCACCUGGACCAGCUGUCACAUCUAAAUUAAGGACUUGCGCACUCAUUUGACUGAAAAAAAAUACCAUUUUCAAUUUUGCUUAUUGUUUUACGAAGGCAAAACAUGAAAAAGAAUGCGGACAACACAUUUAUGUUUUUGACAAUAAUUAGCAUAACCAAAUGAUUCUGCGUGAACCAGCUGUCGCAUUUAAAUGAGAAAUUUGAAGUCAAUUUAAAGUAUUGUCGAACAAACGUAAAGGAUGGAGUAAAACGGGGGCAAUACAUUUAUUUUUUGACGUUAACCUAACGUUAACAAUUCUGCUUGAACCAGCUGUCACAUCUUAAUUAAAGACUUGCGCACUGAUUUGACCGAAAAAAUACCAUUUUCAAUUUCAAUUAUUGUUUUACGAAGGCAGAACAUGGAGAAGAAUGCAGGCAACACUUACAUUUUUUGUCGAUAAUUAAGAUAACCCAAGCGAUUCUGCUUGGACCAGCUGUCGCAUCUAAAUUAAGGACUUGCGCACUCAUUUACCCGAAAAAAUAGCAUUUUCAAUUAUCGUUCUAUGAAGGCAAAACAUGGAGAAUAAUGCAGGCAACAUGGUUACGUUUUUGAUUAUAAUUAGCGUUACCUAAACAAUUCUACUCGCACCAGCUGUCACUUCUAAAUUAAAGACUUGCACACUCAUACCGAAAAACAUACCAUAUUUUCAAAUCAAUUAUUGUUUUACGAAGGGAGAACAUGGAAGAGAUUGCAGGCAACAUUUACGUUUUUGACGAUAAUUAGCGUAACCUAAACAAUUCUGCUUGGACCAGCUGUCGCAUCUAAAUUAAGGACAUGCACACUCAUUUUAACAAAAAAAAAAAAUUAAGUCAAUUUAAAUUUAAAGUAUUUUCUAACGAAGGCAGAAGAUGGAGGAAAAAGCGGUCAACACAUUUAUAUACUUCUAUUCAUUUAGUACGAAUGAGAACGUAUAACCAGAUUUUGUUGUCGGUUCAUAAAAUGAGCGACAUUUAAAUCUGACAUUUUAAUUCAACUGUUUGUUUUGGAGGGUUCAAGUUGCUUUUGCCACAUUUACCAUUGUGCCUACAAAAGCUAAGAGCUUUUUAUUGUUUCGUUUUUUUUGUUCAAGCUACAUUUGUACGUAUUUUCUUUCGGAACAAAGUACUCUUUGUAUUCCUGUUCUGAAAGAUCACAAUCAAACAUGUUGCACAAAUAUUGACAUUAAGAAAAUGCGUUUACGCUUCUUAAAAGAACAGUUCACCCCUAAAUACUAAAUUCGGUCACUACUUUUUCUCCGCUUCAAACCUGUUUGUUUCCGUUUUCCGUCUAACAAAAAAAAAAGAGAUAUUUUGAAGAAUGUUGGAAACUAGUAGCCAGUGACUUCCAUAGUAUUUAUUAUUCUACUAUGGAAGUCAAUGGCUUCCCGUUUCCAGUAUAUAUGUUGAAAUAGUAUAUUUAUAGUGGAAACGUUUUUAUUUAGGGGUGAACUGUCUCUUUAAAAAAAGCUGCUGUUAGAAAGAAAAAUGGCUUUGAUUUACCACUGAAAUGAUUGUAUAUUGUCCAUUGUGGUGUCACUUAUUCCGUCUAAUCCCAUUGGUUGCUGCAGCCUGGUAGGGAUUUUCAGCCAAUCAGAGAUGACCAAGUGUUGGUAAACGAAAGCGGUUUCUCAUUUUGCACACACACAUAUUGGGGAGACUUGUAUAUUUCAUAUUCAUCGCGGGGUCCUGUUGAAAAGCAGAUCCAAUUGUAAUCUAUACCAGUGUACAGUAAUGCACAAAGCUCUAGUACCCGCAUUUGUACAUAGACUCAGACACACACUGAAAGCAGUUCAGUAGCGUACUACACAUUCUCAGCUUUGUUAUUACCGUGGGGGAAGAGUUUAAUAAUGUUUUCAUUUUUUCGCUACAGCACUUUACCGCUGAUUAUUUGGCAGUGGUCUUGAAGAAGAAACAUUCUAAAGUUUACAACAGAGAUUUAUGUAUGUAUGAGGACGGUUGAAGAAUUAAUGUGUUUGAUGAUGAUGAUGAUGAUGAUGAAAUUUGCCACUGAUUUUCGCCUCUGUACAGUUGCCACAUCCGUCUUUGAAAGCACUGGAGGAGAACGUCCUCAAAGUGCUAAAAUAUUGUUUUCCCUGUUAUUAAAAAUACUUGUAUUGGCAAUAUAUUUUAAAAGGAUGGUCUUGUGCUUUUAGUUGUGAACAUUGAAGUAAAGACAAUGGAACAGA